GGGGAAAGGAGACUCCAGGCAUUCAAGUACAUACCGGGAACGGAGUGCAACAAGGAGUAUGGUUUAAUAGCAAAGCACAAUCGAAUAUUAAUAAUGAAAAUGUUACAACCUUUGAAAAUAAAAAUAAUUAUCACAAAGAACCUAAAGAACAUAACAAACUAAAUCAAAGCGAAGAAAGUAGUGGCAAUGAAAAUAAUUAUGGCAAGGGACCUAAAGAACAUGUCGAACUAAAUCAAAGUGAAGUCAGCGACAAUGAAAGUGAAGAUUUUCAUAGUGCCAAUGAUGAUAAUAUCAUUGAAAUUACCUUUCAUGUUCAUAUGCCACAAUUUUUUGAUAAAUCCAUGCAACCUUUGGUAAUUGGCAGUGUAGAAGAAUUAGGGCGUUGGAAAAUACCAAAAGCGAAAUUGCACCAAAUUGAAAACAAUUCUACAUAUUGGGUCUCUGAUCCAAUUAAAAUCUUUCAUAGAGAUUUAGAUCAUAUUAAGUAUAAAUAUGCGUUUUAUCGUCCAAAAGAACCUCAACACCAAGAAUUUCUUUCUUCAAUUUCUUCAAUUUAUGACGCUCUCUUCGGUGAUUCAACAAUCGUAAUGGAAG